UGGCGAAAUUUCUCCGCGACUCUAUUUAGUGCGCCAAGUGGAGCCGGGUGUAAGGGCGUUGUAGCAUUCUAAAGAGUAGGACGAAGCCUCAAGAAUGACAGGCGAUAUUGGAGAGGCUAGUUCGGGCUCCUCUGUGAGCAUUGGAGACCCCCAGGUUAAGGCUCUUUUAGAAUUGCUAGCGCAUGGGUCGUUGGUAGCAAAACCAACGAUAGGGCUCAGUGAAGCCCAGCGUUUUAAUGGCAGUAACUAUAGUACGUGACGCUUGAAGUUCAUAAGGAGAGCGAAGGAGGUAGGAUUAUGGCAAUUCUACCGUCGAGGUGAGAAGGCCGAAGGAAAAAGGAGUGAGCAAGCAUUCUUUCAGUUGUGCCAUUCUGUUUCUGAUGGAAUUGCUGUGGGCCUGGAUAAGUUUUCAGGCGAGAAAAAUCCGGCUCAAGUGGCGUGGGCAUACAUGGAGGCAUAGAACUAUCGAUUGCUACUCGAACCCCAACAGCCGGAGUUACAGGGGAACACAGCAGCAAGGUUCGGCACCGGCAAAGGCACAUGCAGCUGAAGCAGAAAAGAGGGAAGCUGAUGUUAUUUUGGGUGGUGCACAUAAGGCGAAUGUUGCGCGUGCAUCAGGGGUGUGCCUGAUGGCAAAAGGGGGUGGAGAAGCUGCAUGGUAUAUGGACAGUGGGUGCACACAGCAUAUGACCAAUCACAGUGAGUGGCUGAAUGCUUUGAGGGCAUCAAGUGUGCCGUAUGUGCUUGUGGGAGAUGAUCGGAAAUUGCUUGUGAAGGGAGAGGGAGAUCUGAUUUUGCAAGGGCAGUAUGGGGAGUUGAAACUGGAGAAUGUGCUGCUGGUUGAUGGUCUGUCACUGAAUUUGAUCAGUCAGUCACAGCUUGACAACACUGGAUGCAAGACAUUCAGUAACAAGGGCAGCGUGUGGAUGUUUGACCAUGCGUGGAAUGUGGUUGCUAAGGGCAUGUUGAAGAAUGGGUUGUAUGAAAUGCUGUUGAAUGAGAAGGGCAUGACAGCUGAGAAGGUUACCUACCAGCAGCCGACGGAGGAAGGGGUGCUGGCAAGGGAGGAGCUGCGGGCGAGCUUGAAAAGUGUACCUGUAGAGGAGCUGCGGAAGGAAGCGGUAUCGAUGGUGGCAGCAGCGGCUAAGGUAGACAUGGAGACCCUGCAUAGGAGGUUGGGACAUGCAGGGAUGGAGCGGAUUAAGGAGUUAGUGCAGAAAGAAAUGACAGUUGGAGUGGAACUGAAGGAUGGGGAUGGGAGCAAGGGGAAGUGUGACAAGUGUGUGGAGGGCAAAAUCACCAAAUCCCCCCAUCCCAAGCAUCAGGUGCAGGAGCCAUAUGGAGCGCUGGAGAUAGUAGCAGCUGAUGUGUGUGGGCCGCUGAGGGUGGCAUCCAGGCACGGGAGCAAAUACUUUGUCACCUUUACAGACUUAGGGACUAGGCACACAUGGGUGACUGAGCUUAAGGAUAAGACGGAGGUCUUCUCUAGUUUUCUGGACUGGAUGGUGGAAGCAGAAAGGCAGAGUGGGAAGCAGCUGAAGGUGCUGAGAACUGACAAUGGUGGGGAGUUUGUCAAUGAGGAGUUCAACAGCUACUUGCGCUCCAAGGGGAUUCUGAGGCAAUCGACAGUGCCUUACACUCCACAGCACAACAGUAUAGCGGAGAGGGUGAAUAGGUCACUGCUGGACUGUGUAAGGACAUUGCUAGCGGACAGCGGAUUACCACUGAAGUUCUGGGGAGAUGCCUUGGGGAUGGCUUGUUGGGUCAAGAACAGGCUACCUACCAAGGGCUUGGCAGCAGAUAUGACCCCACAUGAAGCAUUCUAUGGGAGGAAGCCGAAUAUGGGGUUGGCUCGCGUAUGGGGCUGCAUGGUGCAGUACAGGGAGCCAGCUGGACCAACCCAUAAGCUACUACCUAGAAGUAAGUGGGGGCUUAACCUUGGGAUGUGCAUGGUGAGCAAAGGAUGGGUGAUCAAGGAUGUGGAGAUAGGGAAGGUGGUGGUGACCAGAGAUGUGAUAUUCUAUGAGAAUGUCACCUACUUGAAGUGGAAAGGGGUGAGUUCGGAGAUUGCAACGGCAGGGGAAGCAGCUAACCUAGAGAAGGUGGAAGGGCUGCUGGAGGAGACAUCGAUUGAAGGGAUUGGAGAUGAAGUAGAGGAGAUUGCAGAAGAAGAAGCACAUACUUGGGUGUGGGAGCUUCCAGAGAAAAUGGCUGCACAGGGGAGAAAGGAGAUGGAGCAGCAGGAGAUAGAGCCAGAGGAGAAGGAUGCAACGACUGAGGUGGAGAUGGCACCAAGGGAGAGUGAGCAGGGAUCAACUGCACGAGAUGGUCACGAUCCAUGGAAGCUGCUAGAUAGUACAGACAGUCGUGAAGCAGAGAAGGAGAUUGAGGAACUACUGGAGGAUGGGGCAACAGCGAUAGGGGUACUAGGACAGGACGAGCAAGAGGCAGCUGAGAAGGAGAACAGUGAGGUGGAGUCACCUGCUGAGGAGUUGGGGCGAGGGAAGAGGGAGAAGAAGAGAAACCCUAAGUACGUUCACUUGCUCAUGACUCCAUGGAAGAACGUGCAUACCCAUCUUCUCCUAACCAUAUCAGCAACUGCACUAGUAUCACGGGCAAGACGGGAGGCGUAUGGGCUGCCUAAUGAGCCCUUAACAGUGGAAGAGGCCUUGACAGGACCACAAAAGGAGCAGUGGAGAGCUGCUAUUCAGGAGGAGCUGGAUACACUAGCAGAGAGGGGCACUUGGGAGUUAAUGCCCAUGCCAGAGGGAAGGAGUGCAGUCGGGGUGAAAUGGGUCUUCAAGAUUAAGACAGGAGACAAGGGGCAGCUGGAGCAGUUUAAGGCUAGGUUAGUGGCGAAGGGCUACACACAGGUAGAGGGGAUCGACUACACCGAUACUUAUGCUCCUGUAAGCAAGCUGACGACUGCAAGGGCAUUUCUCAAGGUAAUAGCAGCAAGGAACUACUUUCUAGUGCAGCUGGACAUCAAGAACGCUUUUCUGCAUGGGGUAGUUAAGGAGGAGCUGUAUAUGGAGCAGCCACCAGGGUUUGAGGACGGCACUAACAAGAAGUGCAAGCUUAUUAAAGCACUAUACGGUCUGAAGCAGAGUCCCAGGGAGUGGAACAAGGUGAUGGACGAGAGGCUGCUGAAAGGGGGAUUUCAUAAGAGUGAGUGUGACAGGGCGUUCUACUGGAGGGGAGCUGGAAAGGAGAAGGUGUACCUACUGCUCUACGUGGAUGAUAUUCUAGUGGCAGGGGCACUUCCAGGGGAGGUAGAAAAGGUGUGUGAGCACCUCGCUGAAGUGUUCCAAGUGAAGCAGAUUCCGAGGACGACGCUGUUUCUGGGGAUGAAUCUGGAGAGGAACAGGGAAGAGAGGAAGCUGUUCUUAUAUCAGCAGAAGUACUGCAAGAGGGUGGAGCAGAAGUUUGGUCAUGGCUAUGCGAAAGCCAUUACUACACCGCUAAGUGGAAUGGCAGAAAGUGAUAAUGAGAGUGAAGAGGAUGUGCUGAAGUGGGAUGGUCAGGAGCGGGCGCUGCAGAUGUACCAGUCUAUGGUGGGACAAGUUAUGUACCCAGUCUCAUGCACCAAGGUUGACAUGGCCUAUGCAGCAAGCUACUUGGGGCAGCACGCACAGCAGGGGAGGAAAUGGAGGGAGAUGAGGCGGACAUUAGAUUACCUGCUGCAGCAUCAGGAUGAGGGUUUACUAUUUGAAGGAGGAGAGGAGACAUUGGAGCUGGUGGGGUAUGCUGAUGCCUCACAUGCAUCAUGCAAGGAAACCAGGAGAGGGGCAUAUGGAUAUGUGUUCCUACUCGGAGGGACAGCUAUUACGUGGCAAGCUAAGAAGCUGGCAGAUAUAGCACUUUCAAGUGCUGAAGCGGAGUACAUGGCAUUGUUCUUUGCAUGCCAAGAGGGAGUGUGGUUGAGGAGGUUGCUGAACGAGUUGGAGAUAGACGUGAAGGGGCCUACAGUGGUAAGGACGGAUAGCAAGUCAGCUAUGGACUUGGCAAAGAACGACAACUGGCACGGGAGGACUAAGCACAUGGAUGUGAAAUAUCACUGGGUGAGGGAGCAGUUAGAGAAGCAGCAGUUCAAGUUCGAGUUUGUGCGCACUGAGGAGCAGGCAGCUGAUUUCUUGACCAAGGUGCUGCCAAGGGCCAACUUUGAGUACUGUAAGGAGAAGGUCGGGAUACGUACCUUGAAGGACAUGCAGGGGAGUGUGAAGGUAACUUAGAGGGUGUGGCUGGCAGAACCACAGGGGAGGUUGUUGGAGUGGUUCCGCCACCCACAACGGACUACUCGUGACUUGGGGUGACGAGGAGAGAAAUGCGGACUUGGGGACGAGAAGGAACUAGGAAGCGGGUAUUGCGUGAGCGUGAGGUGUACGGAAAGGAGAGAAGCAAGAGAGAAGGUUGAAGGAAAGAGUGAUUGAGUGGAAGAAAGGAAUGGAAUUGACGAGAAACAGAUUGACGUGGGGCAAAAGUUGGGUUUCGGACGGGGCGUGUUCAACAAGCAUUCGGACUUCGGACCAGUGGCGUGUUCAGCAAGAUAGUCGCGGUUGCGUGUGCGACUCGGCUUGACACGAGGCGCGCGAGUUACUCGCAGCGCACACGGCAGCGCGAAAUCGUUUGUACUUCCUCUAUAAAUCUGUUUGAACAUUUGUGCUUUGUAUCUCAUUGUUUCUAGUGGAAAUUGCUGCCAUUUCGUAUUGACGAUUAGCAGCUACUUUGAGAUCACUUUUGGAGGCAAGGCCCUUGAGGCUAUUUGCACAAGUAUUUCCAAAUACUUUUUCGCUGCGCCGGAGGCGAUACACCUAAAACCUCUCGCCAUUCAUGGCGUCUCUUCCUACCGGUACCGUAGGUCCAAAAGUAUUCCCAAAAGCACUUGCGUUUUUUCAGAACAUCGUGGUACGACGAUGCCAUGCUAACCCAUUUCAAACUCAAAUCCACAAAUGUUGAGACGUCGAUCUCCCGGUAUAAAGAUUACGGCACACAGAUAAACUUGGAUCCUACGGUUCCAGAGCAGGGCAUGCCGUUGUAGUAUAGAAAUUUCGAGGUCGCGGUAGAGGUAUCUCCACUGUAGAAGCGGUAAGCAGCUGAACACGCCAGCGAUGGGGAGAUGGGCUUCACCCGGCCCUUUUUGCAGACGCGCGAUUUGAUUGACCAAUAGUCUGCCCUGAGGCAAAUCUGAGAACUGCCCCCCAGUCCUCACCUGCACGCCAAUCUUGCUGCCGACAACUGAGGCGGAGGAGGGGAUGGUGAGGGAGCAAAUGAGGCCGGGAUUGAUGCGGUACAGCUCAACCAGGGGGUUCCAUUGGUCCUUGAUGGCCUUUAGCAUCAGCCGGAUGCACGUGUCUUGAGGUGUCAGCAUGCCGUAUUGCUGGCACUGGGGGACGGUGUAGGCGAAGGCAGCAUUGCGCUCGAGGCACAGGGAGCGGCCCGCCUUGAUGGGCUGGGAGCAGUUGAGGCCGGGGUUGAGAGAGGCGAGGCUGCCCUCGUUCACGUUCACGUUCAUGGAUGCACAGGUGGCCUCCUGAGCGUGGAACAACGGCGGGGAGAGUGGAGUGCAGCGGGUGAGCAUUGAAGCAUUGACAGUCGUGCGAUGUGCAUGGGGAGUGCAAGCGCAAGUUGGUUGAGUGCAUGGUGUGGUGCAAGCAGGAGGGAAAUGGGUCUCACAUUGAGGGCAUAGAAGAAGGCAGUGCAGGGUGUGGCGGGGGUACCACCCAGCUGAAGGGCACUGCCCUUGGGCAAUGGGUGGCUGCAAUCCAUCGCCUGCAUUCAGAAACAAGGGCGUGGCACCAUGGCAGGUGAAUGAGGGGUUCUCAUCCUACUUCACACGGAUUAGGCGUCCACUCCUUAUAAGGUCCUAAAAAAAUAAUGGUGUCAGUACACA